AUGAUUUUGUUCGUUGCAAACGUUUUCCUGCUCUGGGCUUUGUGUGUGGCAGAGUUAAAUGAAGUCUCUCAGCCUGUUUCUGUACAAACACUGAACCUUGGAGACUCAGCGACUAUCCAGUGUUACAUAAAAAGUCUUAUAACAACGAGAGUUUGGUACAAACUGACUACAGGGAGGAAACUACAGCUUGUGGCAUCGUUUGAUCCUAUCUAUCUUCGGAGUGUGUAUGCUGAUGAAUUUAAACAUCGUUAUUCAGUACAAUCUGAUGGGAUCAACAGUCAUCUGAGCAUCACUGCAACAUCAUGGGACGACAUUGGGACAUACUUCUGUGGAGUAAUGAAGCUAAAUGAUAUUCACUUUGGAUCAGGAACCUUUUUGAUGCUGAAAGGUGCAAAGAUGAUCAGUGACUCUGUCGUCCAGCAGCCAAAGUCUCAAUCAGUCCAGUCAGGAGACUCUGUGACUCUCAGCUGUUCUGUUCACUCUGGUCAAUGUCCUGCACAACAAAUUAGUGUGAUAUGGUUGAAAAACUCAGCUGAUCAUUCAGCUCCUGAAAUGAUUUACUCAUCUGGAAAUCAGAACAACACCUGCCAGACGUUCUCUGGAGAAACUACCUGUGUGUACAACCAUACCAUGAGGAACUUCAGCCCUGAAGAUGCUGGAAUCUACCACUGUGUUGUGACUUCAUGUGGACAAAUACUGUUUGGAAAUGGAACCACGAUUACCAACCCUGACACUGCAAGCAAACCACUUGAACUGAGUCCACCUGUUAUUGCACUGAUGCUGUCCAACAUCUUUCUUGGGGUUGUGGUCCUUUUUCUUGUAUGGACACUUUGUAAGACUCGAAGGAACGACUCUGCAGAUACUGGAUCUUCUGGAGGCGAUCAGACAAGCGAUGUUAUCUAUGCACCCGUGUCUUCGGCUCACAGAAACCUCGCCUCCAGGCAAGCAACAAAGAAACACACUGGAGACUCUGUAGUUUAUUCUAACAUCAGAUUCAGUGAACGCAACAGGGAGGUUUCAUCUUGA